UAUAAUCACUUGUUAAUAAAAAUUAGUAUCGGUUGUAAAAAAAAUAUAUAAAUAUUCCACACUCAGUGUAAGAGAAUAUCGCCUGAAAGGUGAAAAGUCAUCUCAAGGGUGAUAAAAAUUUAGCAAUGUAUUGUAGAAUUUUUAAAACCGAGUUUAUGUAUAUUGACCGACAAGUACGUGGGGAAUGAUAUUUUUUUUUUUGUUAUUAUUACAAUGACAAACGUCGACGCUAGCAGUUCAUAUGGAAAAGACUCAUCUGAAGUUCAGCAUCUUGUGGAGCCACACUCAUCAGUGCUAUCAGAUUUACAAUUACGUAGCACAGAGGCCGGAUUAAUAACAGAGACGCCAGAUUAUGAAAAUUUAAGCACUUCUGCAGUUCUUCACUACUGCAAAUGCAAAAUCUUGAGACCUUACCUUCGACUUCUUGCAGUAAUGGGUCUGAAGCCCACCAAUUCAGACUCUGAUCAUUUUUCGAGGUACUGCGUACUCUCAAAUUUUCAUACUUUUCAAGUAACAAUAUUUAUGUGCAUAGGAUAUAUUCUUCAGUAUAUGGCUUGCUUCAGAAGAGAUCGUGGAUUUUGCUACAAACUUUUGCCAGUCAAGUAUGAAGUAAUUGAAAACAUAAAUCGCGCGCAAGCUUACGAGCAAAUUUGCUACGGAAAUGCAAUUUUCAGCUACUUAAUUCCCAGUACUCUUCAUCUGGUAGCGUACUUGUACACUGUUUACUUGUUCCGCAUCCAAGAGAAUGAACAGUUGCCCAAUCUAAUGGAGAGAGCAUUCUUGCUGUCUUCUAAUUCCGUGAAUCGAGGAAAUCAGAAGAAACUUGUAAGAAUCUUAUGGUUUUUUAUUGGACUCAGCGUUGUCUGGAUGACAAUGGCUUUGAUUACUGUCAAUAUCAUGAUGGCGCAAGGAACUAUUAGAUUUCAAUGGCUUGACAAAAGUCCAAAACAAUUAAAAGAAAUUUCUAAAGUAUUUUUAAUUAUUUGUACUUUGUGGCAUGACAUGGUCCAGGGUACAAUAAUUACUAGCUAUUGUUUACAAGGUCAAUUACUGGUAGCGCAUUUGUCAUUUCUCAAAGUUAGACUACUUGAAAAUACUCUUCCAGCUACUGAUUGGAUGAAGGAAAUACUUGAGUUUAAAAAAUUAUUGAAGUAUUUUAACGACGACCUAGGACCAGCUGUUUGUAUUUACACAGUCGUCAACUUGUCAUGGGCCGCAGCAGGAACAGCCUGGUUACUGCAGUAUGACAGCGUAGACACCAAAGAAAAUCUUGUUCCGUAUGUCAGCAUUGUCAACGUCAUCCUGUGGAUUAUGAUAUCAGUAGUUCCGUUCAUUCAAGCUGCUCGAUUGACGACUGCUUGUUCAAUGAUGCAAAGUAUCGGCCAUGAAGUUAGAGUCAGGCCGUUUGUUUAUCAAGGCACUCCUGGAGAAGAUCUGGAUUCCAUUUUAUUGUAUACUUCUUCGCUAAAAAUGAACGCGAGAAUGUUUCGAGUACCGAUUACUGGAAGAUAUCUCUGUUUGUUUCUUACCAUUGGUGCUAUUAUUGUAAUUACUUUAGGACAGUGUCAUUUUUUUUCUUAGUGACUGAAUUUAAAUUAAUUAUAAACAAUCAUUUGAAUUUGUUCGUCAAUUUAUUUUUUCAC